UCGGGCCGUAUGCCCCCAUCCGGAGUUUCCCCCACCAGCCCAUUGCGCUCAAUUUUGUUGCGAUUUCCUCUCAUCGCUCACCUCUAGCACCUCGCUCCCCGCCUCCGUCCUUCCUCUCCCUCCAAGUGUUGCAGCCAGGUUCCGAUCGUCAGCUUCCUCGGUGUCUGGGCGUCCUUCGAAUUCUCGUUCCCCUCCGAGCUCCAGGUCCCUCCUCGUCAUCCGACCGCUCCCCAGACGCGCGCAGCGGGUGCUGGCUCGCCGGGUGGGGCGACAUCUCCUCCUGCGCCGAGGGUGUUCGACGGAAUGACCCACUCUGCGAGAGUGCACUGGUCUAUAAGUUUCUGAAGGUGGACAAUUCAGUCUGCAGAGAAUUUUACCUGCUCUUAGCGUCAAGCAAAGAUCCAAAUGAUUUUCCUUUUAAAUUUCCCUUUUUGUGAGUACAAAUUCCAUCUGGUGAAGUUUGCCUUCAAGUAAAACUGAGAGAGCUUAGGGCAGCUGCCUUGCUUGGAUGGGCAUUUGGUUUAACCAUCAUGCUAUAAAACAGUGUGCCAGUUCUCUUAUUGCUGUAUUCUCGGGAAUUCAUUUUGGUGCUCGUUCUUUUUGUAAUAAGCUAAACCAUGGAAUUGCCCCAAAGGAUAGAAGCCUUAUUAGGUUUGACAGGAAUUUGAUUGACAUGUUUGCACUACAUGAACUUUUGCAACAGUGUGCAAAGAGGAGGUCCCUCUUGGUUGGGAAAGGCUGCCAUGGUUUAGCCAUCCAUUUGGGUUUGGCAACUGAUACUAUCACAUGCAAUAUUCUCAUGAACUUAUACACAAAAUGUGGCAGGAAUGAUUGUGCUCGCGAUGUUUUUGAUGCAAUGUCUUUCAGAAGUAUAGUCUCAUGGAAUACCAUGAUUGCUGGGUAUACUUGCCAUGGAGAUGGAUUACAGGCUCUGAAGCUCUUUUCAAAGAUGCACCAAGAAGGGACACGGAUGAGUGAAUUUACCCUGUCCAGCACCCUAUGUGCUUGUGCUGCAGAAAAUGCUACUACAGAAUGCAGACAAUUACAUACUAUCGCAAUCAAGCUUGCACUGGACUCUAAUAGUUUUGUGGGAACUGCAUUUCUUGAUGUUUAUGCGAAGUGUAAUAUGAUUAAUGAUGCCUGUUUGGUUUUUGAGAAGAUUCCUGAGAAAACUGCAGUUACAUGGAGUACAUUGUUUGCAGGACUCGUGCAAAAUGGUCUUCACAAAGAUGCAUUACGUCUAUUCCAGAGUUCACAAAGGGAAGGAAUACAAUUGACUGAAUUCACUCUUUCUGCUAUACUCAGUACAUGUGCAAGCCUAGCAUUGAUGAUUGAAGGAAGGCAACUCCAUGCAGUUAUUAUCAAGUAUGGUUUUAAUGGUAAUUUGUUUGUGGCAUCAUCUCUUGUGGAUGUUUAUGCAAGGUGUGGGCAGAUUGAGGAAGCCUAUCUAGUAUUUGCUGAUAUGAAACACAAGAAUGUUGUCCUGUGGAAUGCAAUGAUCGCUAGUUUUACUAGGCAUGGCAAAUCUUGGGAAGCAAUGAUUCUCUUUGAGAAAAUGCAGCAGUCAGGGAUAUCUCCAAAUGAAGUUACUUAUGUCUCCAUGAUGUCCAUGUGUGGUCAUGCAGGUUUAGUUGAAGAGGCUCGAUCCUACUUUGGCCUGCUGAUUUCUGAUCAGACUGUUGAACCUAAUGUCCUUCACUAUUCUUGCAUGGUUGAUGUUUUGGCGCGAUCUGGGAAGACUGAUGAGGCUUGGGAACUGAUUCAGCAAAUGCCAUUUGAACCAACUCCUUCUAUGUGGGGAUCUUUGCUUGGUUCAUGCCAUAAGUACAUGAAUGUCGGAAUAGCCAGACUAGCAGCUGAACAACUUUUCAAACUUGAACCAGAAAAUGGUGGGAACCAUGCUUUGCUUUCAGAUGUAUAUGCUGCCAGUGGAAGCUGGGAGAAUGCUGUGUUGGCAAGGAAGCAUUUGAAUGAUACUGGUGCAAGGAAAGAUACGGGCUCAAGUUGGGUCUAGGCAAACGGUAAUUCUCAUAUUUUUGGUUGUGAGCAAAAAGAGGAGCUGUUUGUGCAGACUAUCAUUCACUAAUGGAGGUCACAAUCAGCAUUGCCCAUGGUCAGAGAGAUCAAACAAUCUCAGAAUUUAAGUAUGGCCCAUGUUCUUAUGGGGACUUCUGGUAACUGAGGACUAAAUGAGCAAUAGCAAGCAUUUAUCUGUGACUCUCCAACACUCUUACACUCUUACAGUCUCAUCAUAUAUCAAAUUAUUGUCUUGUGGUAGUGGCAAUGCGGCAUGCUGCACAGAAGGCUACUUGCGGCUGGGGACUCUUUACACCACGAGAUGCGCUUCCAUACCCUACUAGGUGACCUAAGUAGAGUAGAGAGGUCCAUGUUCCUAGUGUUUCAGGCCCCCCAAGUUUCCAUUUGGCUUUGGGAAGGUGCAAGAAAGCGAGUCUUGGACACUCCAGGUUACCAUCUCAAUUUCCCAUACGGCCCUGUCUCUUGGUUUCUUGUCCUGGUUACCAUGGGUGAAUGGAUUAACUUGAAGAGUGAGUGAGGAGCUGCCGAGCUGGUAGGCAAUAACUUGCUUCAUGCCAUGACUCAUGAGGGAGUAGUGGGCUUUGUCAUGUGAGAUAAAUUCAACACCAUCAAAGGGGCUGGGUCAGUCCCAUUGAAGGCCUGGCUUGGCUGGCCACCUCCUUCCUCUUGAGAGGACAAGACUUGUGAGCGAGGGAGCUGGCUACACCCCCAUGACCUUGAAUUGCCCUGCUGCACUGGAAUGCAAUGCUGCUGCAUUAUUCCCAUUCAAACCGACGACGACCUGACCUGCCCCUGGUCCGGACGCUGCACUGCUGGUGCUGGGAGCCGAGUGUCCGCCUUCAACAUGGUGGCCAUCGAGGCUUGCGUGGGGGCAAAGCGACUGUGCCUGCCCCUCCUGCAGCUGCUGCCUGUGGUUGGCAUUGGCAUUGGAGGAUUAUAUAUAUAUAUAAUUAACGAUUGUUUAUCAGGCAUAAUCAGGCAUUUGGGAGGCACCUCCUGUUGUUGGAAGAUUGGGCAACAGGGCACCAGAUGAUCUGUCCCUGGCAUUUUCAAUGGCAGAUCUGUAUCAGAUUCCGUAAACUACUGGGGAUAUGAAAUCGCCUGUGUCGCUUUGCUUGCUUCUUUGGAGACAGCCUGUCAACCUUUGGAGAAACCGGAGGGGCCGAGAGGGGAGUAGUGCUGCGUGCUGCUAUUAUAUAUCAUCAGAUGCUUACUGUACUGUACUGUCCGGAAUCCAAUCAUAACGGGAAAAAAAAGAUAGGAAGUGCGUGUGGGAGUUAUACCUGUACGCGUCCUGCUGCUGCCUUGCUGUUGUCGCUGGCGCUCCAAGUUCCCAAAUGCCAAAGCAAAAAUCUUCUGAAAUGGGAGACGAGAUCAAGAUCGGACCUGCGCCAGAGAUCUCCCCACGCCUCCCUCUUCUCCAAUUUCCAACAAGUUGGUGAAUCAGGUGGUGCAGAUUUUUGUCCGCAAUUCAUUCACUGCGAUCAUCUGGUCCUUCCUCAAUGUCAUGGUGCCUCCACUGCACCUAUUACUAUCUACCAAUCCCUUGAAAGUAUUCUACCCUUUAUUUCUUCCUGCAGCGUACAUGCAUGCACAUAGAGAUAGGAGUAGUACGCAAUAAACAAGUCCGAUGCCCCCUUGCUCAGCCACUAGCUACACGUACAAUGCUACUGAUUGGUGUGCUUAGAGAGUGAGUACUAUAGUAUUACUACUAACUACUAGUAAUAGUUAAUUGCAUUUGCAUACAUGCAUAUGCUUGCUUGGAGUAAAGUAUUAGUCUAUGUUUAGCAUCUCCAGGGCGUAUGAUGCAUGCACGACUGGUGGUUUUGCGAUGGAAUCUUGUGUCAAGAAAAAAGUGAUGAUGGUUA